CCCCUUGUCCCUCACUCUUCUCCCUCCUUCCUCUCACCCACCCCCUGGCAUCCUCAGCCGACUCUCACUUCCGGUCAACGGCCGCCUGCGGAAGGGUGUCCCGCGUCUUCCGCCUCUUCAGCGGAGGUGGAGGUGGGAGGCGGCGGCGGCAACUGCGCGUCUGUUGUCAGGAUUGGCAGGCGCGUGCCCUAGGCGAUCCACCUGCGCGUCGCGGAGCUGCUCUCUGGGGGUCGAUGGCGAUGAACUGUAACCCUAAGGAUGAAGUGGACGGUGGGCCCCCGGGUGCUCCCGGGGUCACGGCUAAGAACCGGAGACCGGAUAACACGGCCUUCAAACAGGAACGGUUGCCCGCCUGGCAGCCCAUCCUUACAGCGGGCACGGUGCUACCUACGUUCUUCAUCAUCGGCCUCAUCUUCAUCCCCAUUGGUAUCGGCAUCUUCGUUACCUCCAACAACAUCCGCGAGAUCGAGAUUGAUUAUACCGGAACAGAGCCUUCCAGUCCCUGCAAUAAAUGUUUGUCUCCGGAUAUCACACCUUGUAUUUGUGCCAUUAACUUCACACUGGAACACCCAUUUGAGGGCAAUGUGUUUAUGUAUUAUGGACUGUCUAAUUUCUACCAAAACCAUCGUCGUUAUGUGAAAUCUCGAGAUGAUAGUCAACUAAAUGGAGAUUCUAGUGCUUUACUUAAUCCCAGUAAGGAAUGUGAGCCUUACCGAAGAAAUGAAGACAAACCAAUUGGUCCUUGUGGAGCUAUUGCCAACAGCAUGUUUAAUGAUACAUUAGAAUUGUUUCUGGUUGGCAAUGAAUCUGAACCUAAGCCUAUUCUUUUGAAAAAGAAAGGUAUUGCUUGGUGGACAGAUAAAAAUGUGAAAUUCAGAAAUCCUCCUGGAAGAGAAAGCCUAGAAGAACGAUUUAAAGGUACAACAAAGCCAGUAAACUGGCUUAAACCAGUAUAUAUGCUGGAUUCUGACUCAGAUAAUAAUGGGUUUAUAAAUGAGGAUUUUAUUGUUUGGAUGCGUACUGCAGCGUUACCUACUUUUCGUAAGUUAUAUCGUCUUAUAGAACGGGAUAGUGAUUUACAUCCAACUUUACCAGCUGGACGAUACUAUUUGAAUAUCACAUACAAUUACCCUGUACAUUCUUUUGAUGGACGAAAACGGAUGAUCUUGAGCACUAUUUCAUGGAUGGGAGGAAAAAAUCCGUUUUUGGGGAUUGCUUACAUCACUGUUGGAUCCAUCUCUUUCCUUAUGGGAGUUGUACUACUAGUAAUUAAUCAUAAAUAUAGAAACAGUAGUAAUACUGCUGACAUUACCAUUUAAUUUUAUAUUCUGAAAACGAAUCUUCUGCAUGUGCAUCAAGGCCAGUCCUAUUCAACCUAGCUUUUGAAUGCUAAUGUCUGGUUAGUAUGUCAUUUUUGAAGUUGGCAUGUAACAUUUUUUUUUUAAAACAAUCUUUGUCCUUUGCUUCUUCCUAUGGAUGACUUAUGAAAAUACAUGACAGGUAUAAAACAAAUUAGCUAUAUUGAUCAUAUCAACAUUGUAACUGCUGAAAUGGCAUUCUAAUGUUUGCUUUUAUUGGGAUAGGCCACAUGAUGCAUAGAACCUCUUUUCAUGUGAAAUGCAUCCACUGCUUAAAUGUUUAUGCUGUGUUGAUAUUAUAUUGAUGCUGUAUAUGUUUGCCUAUUGUGUGAAGAAAGGGAUUGCAAGAUGUAUGAGUAAAAUGACUUUCUAACCUUUCAGGUUUCAGAGUUACAGAAAGAUGAAGAAUGACCAAAUUUAAAUAAAACACUUCAUCAUUUUCAUGUGUCACGUGUAAAGGCUUAAAGUACCAUCUUUGUAGAGGUGGUUCAUAUAUUCAGUUUAUACAGUAUAGUUCUUUGUCAAGCUUAGCUUUGAUUUCAAAGGACAUGUUUACCAUGUCUGGCAUAGGAAUUAAUGGGUCAUGUCUGAGAGAUCAGGUAGAGGUCCCAGGUAG